UACUCUCCGGUCCUCUUCUCUCUUUCAGACGGAGCUCGGCGUCUCCACCGCGCGCAUGUCACCACGCACCAACCGCAUCAUCCGACCGUAGAAACUUCAUGGGACGGAGGUGGACCUACACCGGCUGGGAUUCAGCAUUUUCUCCCUUAUUCCAGCUGCGUAGGAUCUGAACGGUCAGUUCACUUUUUUCAGCCCAAUUUGAGGAAAUAUUUUCCGCUCUGGUCUCUUUGGUGAUGCCUCCAGACUCGAGCUGCUCCGGGACGCACCCGAACCCGACAGGUGCACAUCUUAUACACGACCAAAUACCUUGUGAAAGCUGGUUUUUCAGAAAGAUGAAAAAAAACUAAUUUGAUUUAUUUUGUGUGGCGGAUUAAAGCUUUUGGACCGAUUACCAGAGACAAGCGAUGGAUCAAUCAUUUCGGAAAACGCAUCAGUUCGGUCUUGCGGGUUAGACAGAACCACACAAUGCUGCUUCCAUUCUCCAGGCUGCUGUGUUUGUGGCUGUGCAGCGAGGCCGUCGCGAGUCAGCUCGUCUGGCAGAAAACCAAGACGAGUUUCAGUCCUCAUUAUGAAUCCACCACCGCUGAAAGGAAUGCGCAGAGCCGGAGAUGUAGUACUGUCCCCGGGGAGGACAAUGGAGGGACGCUCGGUGCGAAUACGCAGGCUGAUACCGUAAACCCGUCAUCCUCAGACCCGCUAGGGACACCGAUACCCCGGCGCGAUGUGCGUAAAACCCCUGCGCAAAAUGGAGUUGGACGCAACCGACGGGUACCCGGAGACGAAGUUUUACGCACGGAUGUAAACGUGGCCGGGGAGCUGCAAGUGAGUAGUCAAUGCAGCCCGGGAGAGGUGCUUAAACAAACCCCACAUGGACGCACGUGUAGCCUCGGGAGAACCGGACACAACCGGCGGCGGCGACGGAGUGCUAAACUCGGCAGGAGGAAGCGGAGCGAGCCGAUACAGGACGGAGCAGCGAUGGCGCAGGAAUACGAGCCGGGAACCCCCUUUGGACUCAACACCAGUGACUAUGAGGAGGACUACUCCCUGCCGGACUUUCCCGACACCACGCCGUUCGCGCCGGUGAACCCGCGGACCCGACGGAAGCAGAUGAAGAACCCGUUCUACCCGGUCACCGGUGAGUCGUACGGGGCGUACGCGGUCAUGAUCGCCGCCACUGUCAUCUUCAGCGUGGGGAUCAUCGGGAACGUGUCGGUCAUGUGCAUCGUGUGUCACAACUACUACAUGAGGAGCAUCUCCAACUCGCUGCUGGCCAACCUCGCGCUCUGGGACUUCGUCAUCGUCUUCUUCUGCCUGCCGCUCGUGGUGUUCCACGAGCUCACCAAGAACUGGCUGCUGGGGGAGUUCUCGUGCAGGAUCGUCCCCUACCUGGAGGUGGCUUCGCUCGGCGUCACCACCUUCACGCUGUGCGCUCUGUGCAUCGACCGCUUCCGUGCCGCCACCAACGUGCAGAUGUACUACGAGAUGAUCGAGAACUGGGCGUCCACCACGGCCAAGCUCGCCGUCAUCUGGGUGGGCGCGCUGCUGCUGGCGCUGCCUGAGCUGCUGAUCCGUCAGCUGGUCACCGAGGACGGCGACCCGCCCGACGUGACGCCGUGCGAGCGCUGCGUGGUCCGCAUCUCCACCGACCUCCCGGACACGCUGUACGUCCUCGGACUCACCUACGAUGGCGCUCGCCUCUGGUGGUACUUCGGCUGCUACUUCUGCCUGCCGACGCUGUUCACCAUUUUCAGCUCGCUGGUCACCGCGCGCAAGAUCCGCCGUGCCGAGCGCACCUGCGUCCGCGGGAACAAGAAGCAGAUCCAGCUGGAGAGCCAGAUGAACUGCGCCGUGGUGGCGCUGGCCAUCCUCUACGGCUUCUGCAUCAUUCCGGAGAACAUCUGCAACAUCAUCAGCGCGUACAUGGCGGCCGGCGUUCCCAAGAGAACCCUGGACAUCCUGCACCUGGUCAGCCAGAUGCUGCUCUUCUGUAAGUCCGCGGUGACGCCGGUGCUGCUCUUCUGCCUGUGCCGGCCGUUCACCAAAGCCUUCCUGGACUGUUGCUGCUGCUGCUGCGAAGAAUGCGGCCCGCCCCUCUCCGCCGGCGCCACCAGUGACACCAACAACGAAUGCACCACCACCGUGUUGGAGCUGUCGCCAUUUAGCACCAUCCACAGGGAGCCGUCUACUUCCUACAGCGCGGUGGGGACGCACUGCUGAGGGCAACGAUCAAAACCGUUGAACGGGUUUCAUGCUUCUUGCAUGUUUGCCGAAAACCACCUGGUCUUUCAUAAAGCUGUUUUAUGCUUCUUGCGGCAAUUGUGGUGCGGACAAAGACGGCCUUGGCUACUCUGGCUCUGAGCGCCGAGGUGCACACCUUCAAGAUCUUGUAACCACGCAGACGCGGUCCUGUAGGCCGCUUUGUGUAGUUGGCUACAGAAGAAAAAUAGUCUAUAUCCAUGACGUUCCACUUCCGGGUUUGGUCCGGUGCCGCCUGAAAUUCCAUCGAAUGUCGGUUACCUUCUUCUUUCUUUGUGUUGGCGUUCUAACCUCCGGUGGAUUUCUGAGGACUAUGGUUACCUGGUCCUCAGAUCUCUGCAGGGUAAAUCCAGAUAGCUAGCUAGACUAUCUGUCCAAUCUGAGUUUUCUGUUGCACGACUAAAACAACUUUGGAAGGAAUGCAUGUUUCACCAAAGCAAGUUCCUUCCAGAGGCUAUUUUGCCGAGGCCCCUUGGCUCCGUCUGGUGCUUAGCACCGCACAAGACGGUUGUGAUUGGUUUAAAGAAAUGCCGAUAAACCAGAGCACGUCUUUCUCUCAUCCUGCAAUGCUGGUUGCACUAGCCUGACCCUCCUUCGCGACUCUGUGGGGGAAGGUCUGGCAACGCGAGACUACUUUGACCACAGUCGGUAUGAAAGAGCAGACGGUUCGCAGCAACCAUGCACGUAUGCAGUCCCUCUAGGCCGCGUUCGCGAGAUAUCAUCAUCCAGACCACUCCGAUCGCCCUGAACGCAAGAAGCAUGAAACAUAUUUAAGGCGGAGCUUCUUCCGGGAAAUCUGAUUGGUGGACGCGUUGACAUAUCAGGCUGCAAAUUCCUGAGUUAAAAUUCUUGGACAAAUUUGUGUUUUCUGACGGACACAUCACUGUUUGUCCAUUCACCGUUUACAGAGUUUAUAUUUGAGAGAACACACAGUCGGUAUUAGUUGAAAGCAUUCACGUGUUUAGUUGUUUUUAAUUCACUUACCGGUAUUUGUACUGAAUAUUUUUUGUUCAUUGUCACUGUGUUUUACAGAAGCUGAGAGCAGACAUGGUUCCUGAUGACAACUUAGUCGUAAAGACAAACAAAUUGGGUUUGAUGUCUUGAGAUACAGGAUGAAUAAAUUGGGUAACGCUUUAUUUAACGUAAUUAAUGUCUAUAAUUUCCUU